AUGGUUGCUGCAGCAGCUGCAGCUCCAGCUCCAGCUCCAUCGCCAUAUCCUGCACGCGCACCCACCCUAUCCGUUCCCAUCAUCACAGCCACCUCACUCCAUGCAUCAUCUCCGCCGUCCAAGUACCCCAUCGACUUUUCCCCGCCGUUGAUCGCCAUGGUGGUCAUCGUCGCCACCGCCUUCCUAAUCGUCACUUACUCCCGCCUCAUCUCCCAACACGUCAUCCCGCCAAUCCUCCGCCUCCAACGACGCUGGCGCCGCCGUCGUCGCCGCUCCUACCUCCCCUCCUCCAUCGGCGACCUCGACUCUCCACGGUACGACUCGUCGUUUGACCCGGCCGACCUCGGCUUCCACGCCUUCUCUCCUUACGGCCUCGACGAGUCGGUCAUCAAAACGAUCCCGCUCUCUCUCUACACGUCCAAAACGACGUCGACGGGUUUGAAUAAUCCUCUCAGUAAAGACUGCGCCGUUUGCUUGAUCGAGUUCCAAGACGACGACUACGUUCGCACUCUUCCGGUCUGUUCGCACGUAUUUCACGUGGACUGCAUCGACAUGUGGCUUCGAUCUCACGCCAACUGUCCUCUCUGCCGCGCCGGAAUAUUCCGCCCGGAGUCUCCGUUCAUUCCGUUGAUGGCCGCCAGGAUCCGGCCGAGCCUCGACGACGCCGUUUUCCGGAGCAUCGCUCUCGAGCCGCUUGCCGAAGCUCCGGCGUCUCGGGAUUCCGAUUCGAUCGUCACCGAGAUCGAACGGUGCGCGGAGGACCGGUCGCCGAGGAGGAGCUCCAACUACUGGGAGGAUUAUCGGAUCAACGGCGGAGAUUUCGUCCUGAAGCGGUCGCACUCGUUCGGAUUCGAGCGGAGCUCGGCGUCGGCGGAGAGGAUGAUGGUGACGGAGCCAGCGACGGCGUCACCGUGGAGGUACCGGAGAGGAAGCUUCUGGAGCAAGCGGCCGUCGCCCUUCGGGUCGUUGACGAAGGCUCGGGUCUUCUCCUUUAGGUCAACGUACAGAGGCGGCGUGAAUAUGAAAUCGCCUUUCUUCCGCCGGAAAUGCUUCUUCCCGCUGACGGAGCCGAGCGCGAGAUUCUCCGGCGGCGGCGCAGGAGGAUCGUCUCGGCGGAGCAAGUCGAUGACGAGUCCGAUGUUCAUGAGAUCGUCGGCGAUGUCAGCUUUCUCGUCGAGCCGCCUCCGGUGCGGAGAUCCAGAGGCGUUGUUAUCGCCAGAGAGGUUUAACAGAAGAUAG